UGUAAAUUCUAUUAAAUAUUAUUGACGAAAAUUGUUAAACACGGAUCAGCAGUAUAGAAGAAUGAAUUUGAAAGUAUUUGUAAUAAUACUCACACCAACAAUUAUUUUUGCACUGCCGCCGACAUUAGGAGACAUAUUUUGGAGAGAAUGGAAGCGAAGUUACGACAAAUCCUAUACAAGAGCGGAAGAUUUCUUCAGAAAACAAAUGUGGGAAAGAUCGCUGGAACAUAUUGCUGACCAUAACUCUAGAUAUACGGCUGGAAACGUAACUUUCAGAGUUGAAUUGAACAAGUUUUCAGACUUCGGUUACACUGAACUCCGGUCAAAAUUCACUCGGACAUAUUUAUUCUCGGCAAAAUUGCAAAAGUCAAAAAAGGUUGAAAAACGAUUACCACGUAAUGUCGAUUGGAGAAGGAGAAACGGUAGUUGCGUUUCGUCUGUGAAAAACCAAGGCGGGCCAGGAUCCUGUUUUGCUUUCAGCGCCGUUGGUGCUAUCGAAGGUCAAUUGUGCAAAAAAAUUGGAAAACUGACGGGGCUCAGCAUACAACAAAUAUUAGAUUGUGAUCUCGGUAAUUGUGGAGGAUAUAUCGACGAAAUAUUUAAAUAUAUUAAACGGCAAGGUGGAAUAAUGAGUGAUGUUGAUUACCCUUAUACAUCAUGCUUGGAUUGCAUGCAAUGCCUCGUGAAGGACCCAAAGAAAACUUUUAUACCGAAAAUAAAUAGGUUUCUCUGCGAUAGUCAUUGUAAAUACAGAUACAGAAUAUUGAAAGCAAAAUUACAAGGAUUUCGUCGAGUUCCUUCCACCGAAGAAGACUUGAAACGAGCUGUUGCGACAAUAGGCCCUAUUGCGGCUGGAAUAGAUGCCAGAUUUGAUUUUCCUAUGUAUAGCAAUCAUAAUGAUAUAUAUUACGAACCAAGGUGCAGCAGGAGGAGAUUAAAUCAUGCUGUUCUGGUUGUUGGAUAUGGCACUAACAAGAAAGGAGAUUACUGGAUUGUGAAAAACAGCUGGGGCACAGAUUGGGGAGCUUCUGGAUACGUUCGAAUGAGUCGAAACAGGGGGAACAAUUGUGGAAUUGCUACGGCUGCUAUGUAUCCAAUUUUAAAAUAAAAAUACUUUUAUUUGACAAUGAUUUAUAAACAAAUCGUAUUUGCAGUGUUCUCUCGAAAUUUUCUUUAUUUGUAAAUA